AUGGCGGGCGGGGGCCAGAGGCGGACCCGGUCUGCGGGCGCGGCCCCAGCGGGGAGCAGAGCCCGGGGGGAUGCUGUCUCCCCACCUCCGAGGCACAGGUCCGAGAGGAUCGCAGGGUCUCCUACCAGGCGUGGUUCCCAGAGGAAACCUUUGGUGGAGAAGAAGAUGGUGGGGAGCCCACUUCCAGCUCCAGUGGUGAAGCGAUCGAUCAUGGUGAAAAAGAUCAUGCCCCGAAAACAGCAGCCUGCUGUUGCUUUGACUGAAGCAGAACAAACCCCAUGCAUGACUGGUACUGCUUGGACUCCACGGCGCAGCCCCAGGAUCUCCCAGAAGGCAGGAAAGGAGAACUUCCCAGUGGAAAGCAGCGAGGCCAAAGGCUGUGGAAGCACUGAUGCUAACCCAGUCUUAGCAUCAUCUCUCCCUGCCAAUGCCUCAGGCCUGGUGGAGAAGGCUGCCCUGUCUACAGUUAGCAUCAAUGUAUGUGACUCUCCUCCUCAGGAUGAGAGGGAUGUGCUGAUGUCUAAGAAAGUGCGCCGAUCCUACAGCCGCCUGGAUGCCUCACCCAGCUUGGACAUGUCCACACCCACAUUCGCCCAGAAGAAGUGCUCACUCUUUGGCUUUGAGAAGCUCCUAGUGCCUGAUGCACUGGCCGAUGUGUCUCCAGUGGGUAAGGUUUCCCCUGCCCAGGAGACUCCAGUGGAGCCCAAUGCCUUGGGCUCCACUAAGGAAUGGGACACAAACAUUCCUGGCAUCUCCUUCCCCAAAGAGAAACGGAAGAAAAGGAGGAUCCCCCAGAUAGAUAAAUCUGAACUGGAUGAGUGGGCUGCUCAAAUGAAUGCACAGUUUGAAGAAGCAGAGCAGUUUGAUCUUCUUGUGGAAUGAAGCCUCUCCCCAGUAACCUGCAUUAUUCUUUUGUACAUAGAGCUGAUGUGUUGUU